CAACAGAAUGGUGGCACUAUUUUCCUUAUAGUGAAUUAAGUGAGGCUGUGUUUCUGUCGUGCGAUUUGUUCCGAGUUAUAAUGUUUAAAAUGCCUGGUGUGGUUUAUCUGGCUUAAUGUCCUGAUAUUACUGGAGAUGGUGACCGCUAAUGGGAAUUAUACUACGCCUCGAGCAGUAAAAGAACGUGAGCUAAACUGCAAUGUGGCCCAGCACGAGAUAGCACAGUGCAAGUACAUCUGUCCGCGCGAAGUCACAUGCCAGACCUUCCACCGUUCUACCUGCCCCCCCGAAGUACUUCGCGACUGCCAGUGGCGCUGCGUCUGUGACGUUGGCUUCGUGAGGAACAGACCGGGUGGAGUUUGCAUUCCUGAAGAGAAAUGCGACAAGUGCUCAAAAUUCACCGAAUACUUCGAGUGUGAAAGAGACAACAGUAAGGAUUGCGAGGGAAAAUGCCAUUGCCUUCCUCAUCUUGUGAGGAACAAGGACGGAGAAUGUGUUAACGAGGCAGCUGUGUCUUCAACUUUUUAAUAUCUACAGAAUUACCUUUUAGGACGUACGAUUAUCAAGGUUUUUUUUACCACGUUGAAGGUAUGUCCUAAAGAAAAAAAAAUUGAAUGUAUUUUCAGAUAGAAAUAGAAAGUAAAAAUUCAUAAAACUGGCAUUUAAAA